AUGCGGGGUUAUCCCAGCCCCUGGCUGUCCCUGAGUGUCCCCUGGGUCCCACAGAAGCUCGAGGGCUCCAAGAGCCGGGGGCAGCUCCUGAUCUUUGGUGCCACCAACUGGGACCUGAUCGGCCGCAAGGAGGUGCCCAAGCAGCAGGCGGCGUACCGGAACCUGGGUCAGAACCUGUGGGGGCCGCACCGCUACGGCAGCCUGGGCGCGCUGCGGGUGCGCUCAGUGGUGUCGGGGCCCUGCGCCGCGCACAGCCUGCUCAUCACCGCCGAGGGCCGCCUCUGGAGCUGGGGUGAGCCGGGAACGCGGGAUGGAGCGCGGAAUCCUCCCUGGGAACGAGGGACGGAGCGCGGAAUCCUUAUUCCCGCAGGCCGGAACGAGAAGGGGCAGCUGGGCCACGGCGACACCAAACGCGUGGAGGCGCCGCGGCCGAUCGAGGCCCUGGGCAACGAGGCCAUCGUGGCGGCCGCCUGCGGCCGGAAUCACACCCUGGCACUGACCGAGAGCGGCUCCGUGUUCGCCUUCGGGGAGAACAAGCUGGGCCAGCUGGGGCUGGGGAACCAGACGGACGCCGUGCCCAGCCCCACCCAGAUCCUGUACAACGGGCAGCCGAUCUGCAAGCUGGGCUGCGGUGCCGAGUUCAGCAUGGUGAUGGACUGCAAGGGGAACCUGUACUCCUUCGGGUGUCCGGAGUACGGACAGCUGGGGCACAAUUCCGACGGGAAGUUCAUCGCGCGGGCGCAGCGCAUCGAGUACGACUGCGAGCUGCUGCCGCGGCGCCUGGCGCUCUUCGUGGAGCGCACCAAGGACGGGCAGGUGCUGCCCGUGCCCAACGUGGUGGUCCGGGACGUGGCCUGCGGAGCCAACCACACCCUGGUGCUGGAUUCCCAGAAACGCGUCUUCUCCUGGGGCUUCGGCGGCUACGGGCGCCUGGGCCACGCCGAGCAGAAGGACGAGAUGGUUCCGCGGCUGGUGAAGCUCUUCGACUUCCCGGGACGCGGCGCUUCCCAGAUCUACGCGGGAUACACCUGCUCCUUCGCCGUCAGCGAGACAGGUGGAUUGUUCUUCUGGGGCGCCACCAACACUUCCCGGGAAUCCACCAUGUAUCCCAAAGCCGUGCAGGAUCUCUGCGGCUGGAAGAUCCGCAGCCUGGCCUGCGGGUGAGCGCGGCUCCGGGCCAAACACCCCGAGGCCCGGCCCCUGUGGCCCCACUGACCGCCCCUGUUCCCAUAGGGCUACGGGGACCACAAACCCAAAUCAUCCACGGCGGCGCAGGAGGUGAAAACCCUGGAUGGGAUCUACACCGAGCAGGUGGCCAUGGGCUAUUCCCACUCUCUGGUG